UUGAGAGAAAAAGCAAAACAUAUAGUGACCCGGAACCGGGCAACAGAGACAGACUUGUGUUGACAAGUGACCGUAGGGUCAGGAGGACAGUGACGUUUCGCACUGCUUACAAGAAAGAGGGGUAUAUGGCAGCUUAACUGGGUCUUGUAAGGGCGUAUGUCACUGUAGUAGGCGACACUAGACCCUUUAAUAAGGUGACAGGUUGUUUGGGGAUGUGACAAAAGCUUUGUGACAUUCUGAAAAGUGACACCCAGAUGUGAAUUGGAGACCUACAGUCACCUGCUGUUGUAUGUGAUAGAAGCAUAUGACAUAUAUAGGGUCAUAUGUGACAAGGGCGACUUCGUCUAGUAAUAAGGGACAAGGCACUUAUAUCACUUAGUGACACUAUUUUGGUAGAUUUUACUAGUGGGAUAGGAAACAAAUGUGAAGUGAGAUCAGUUUGUAGGGAAUUGACAUUAUAAGUGACAAAAGACCUACUAAUGCUGCAUGUUUACACAAGACAAUAGCCUGGUGACUGUCAUAUCUAUGACAAUAGCCUGGUGACUGUCCUUAUAUGACAGAUAUCCCUCUACUCCCCAGUGUUAUGAGGUGAGAGUGGCCACCAUUUCCCCUCCCCCCCCUUUCCCUCCCUUUCUAGAAUGUCUCGCUGGCUCUUUCCAUGGUCCAGCUCCAUCAAGACAAGGGCCUGUAGGUAUCUUCUUCAGCAUUAUCUGGGCCACUAUCUGGAAGAGAGAUUGAGCCUUGAGCAGUUGAGUUUGGACCUCUACAAUGGAAGUGGACGAUUGACUGAUAUCCAUCUGGAUAUCUGGUCGGUGAAUGAACUUCUAGAAUCAACAGGGGCUCCUCUAGAAAUCACUGAUGGAUUUAUUGGAAGCAUCUCAGUCACCAUCCCUUGGUCUGCACUUGUCACCGAAAACUGUACCCUUGAGGUGUCCAGACUCCAGGUCACAUGCCGUCCGAAGUACAGAAGUGCUGCCGAUGGUCCAGAGUCCCACAGCUGGUCCUCAUGUAUGACCACCAGUAUGCAGCUAGCCCAGGAGUGCCUGAAGGAGCAGGCAGAAGAACCUACAGAACCUCCUCAACCCAUCGAAGGCUUGGAGAUGUUUGCUCAAACCAUUGAGACAGUACUGCGCAGAAUUAAGGUAACCUUCCUAGAUACCAUAAUUCGUAUUGAGAAUACACCGGAAGAAUCUUCUACUCGAACGGCACUUGAAAUCCACAUCAAAAGACUAGAUUACUGUGAUGAAGCUGUUAGAGACUGUGCUCACACUAUCCCGGUGGACAUCCAUCAACCUCCAGCCUUCAUUCAGAAAAUCCUACAACUCAGUGGUGUCUCGCUUCGCUAUGAAGAAUUCAACACAAGAAUGCAGAGCCCUUCUCCUAGUCCCGCCCCUGAGCAGGAUGCCCUUUUGUCUUCCCGACAUACCGACCCUGAAUCCAUAUCGAGCCCAGGAGCUCCCAGCCGGCCUGCGGAGCCCACCACAGUCCCCGUCCCCACCCUUGAAAUCGGUAGCUGCUCUGGAUGUACGGAGAUGACUAUCAAGCUGAAACAGAAUGACAUGUUUCCAGGACCAAAGCUGGAGAUAGAUGGGAAGAUCGGCUCAUUACACAUGUUUCUAACCCCACAGCAGAUCGGCAAUCUGCAGCAACUCAUGGAUGCCUUAAGUAUUUCAGAAUCAAGCAGUAUUAGAGAAAAAUUGCUAAAAAGUCGUCCGCUGGACCAGGAGGAUUUAAAGCUGAUCGAGCAAGAUCUGAAUCAACAACUGCACUCAGGACCUGGAUCCAUCUUUGUAAACGAUCCCGAACUUGUGCCCUUCCAGGUGUUAGAGAAUGGAGGUCCCUGUCAAAGAUAUGUUUUUCUCAUGGCAGCCAUGACUAACAGCGCUACUUCAAUCCGAUCUGCGAACGAGUUAUCAGAUGUGGAUCUGGAAUCUUCUAUUUACAGCAACUAUAGUAGCCAUCAAAUACAGACUCCAGCAUUCACCCCUGGGUUAAUGCUGAACACCCGAGCGCUACGGACAUUCCCCAUUUUCUGCCACCCUUCCGCCCUUACAGAACCUUCACAAGAUGCCAG